CAAUACCCAACCCUCAAAUGAGCACGAUCAAUGCAUACCUGGGGUGCUCUGCUUGUGGACGGCGUGGAGACAUUCCAGCAGGGACAUCCUACACUUGCACCAGAUGUAAGGCAGAUACCGUGUCUACUCCAAAGAUUACCUACAAUUUCGUGGCAUCUGAUGGGACUGGCACAAUGGAAUGCACCUCGUUCACUGAAGAUUCUGAAAAGUUGUUCAGGAUGACGGCUGCAGACACGUUCAGGAUGAAGAACAGCAAUGAUGCAGCGACCUUUGAACAGCUCCAGGAAAUGCUCAAGUCCAACCACUUUCUGCUGGAAGUCGGUCCAACAAUGGGUCUUUCAAAGAACGGCGUGCUUGAAUGGUGCUUGAAAUCGAUUGAUUUGGAAUCUGGGGAGGCCCAAGCAGAAAAUGUUGAGCAUCACUUUGCUGAUCAGCAGGCUGAACAGGGUCCGAGUGCCAGCCAGGUGCUUGCACAAGCAACGAUUGCUAGGCAGCAGCUUGAACAACCAACGCUUCGUAGGAAGAACCCUGAGCAAGCAAUGGUUACUGGGAAGCAGCCAGAGCAAGGAGCCAUUCCUCAAAAGAAACUGAAGCAGGCCCAAGCAGAAAAUGUUGAGCAUCGCUUUGCUGAUCAGCAGGCUGAACAGGGUCCGAGUGCCAGCCAGGUGCUUGCACAAGCAACGAUUGCUAGGCAGCAGCUUGAACAACCAACGCUUCGUAGGAAGAACCCUGAGCAAGCAAUGGUUACUGGGAAGCAGCCAGAGCAAGGAGCCAUUCCUCAAAAGAAACUGAAGCAGGCCCAAGCAGAAAAUGUUGAGCAUCACUUUGCUGAUCAGCAGGCUGAACAGGGUCCGAGUGCCAGCCAGGUGCUUGCACAAGCAACAAUUGCUAGGCAGCAGCUUGAACAACCAACACUUCGUAGGAAGAACCCUGAGCAAGCAAUGGUUACUGGGAAGCAGCCAGAGCAAGGAGCCAUUCCUCAAAAGAAACUGAAGCAGGAAUUCAUAGCUGAGCUCCAUGCUGCACAGGGGAGUAUUGCAAGACAAUCAGACGAAGAGGAGGAUGACUCCUCUGGUAAGUAAUUCAAGUGCAUCAUUAGUUGUCCCUUUUGCUUAGGAUGAAGAAGCCAGAUCCUCUGGUAUGUAAUUCAAGUCAAUCAGUCAUCCACCCUUUUGCUUAGCUAAGAUUAAUGUCUUGUAAAAUAAUUAGUAUUGUAGUUGAUCUACCUUGGAAACUUGUAAGAUAUAGGUAGUCUCUACUUAGCCUGGAAUCAACGAGUCCUACACUUCAUGCCAACAGAAAUAGCUUCUGUUGCGAUCGUAUAGAAGGUGGGAAUGAAGCCUCACUAUCUAGAACCCCUUACAUAUUUUGUAAUAUAAACAUAAGAACUCUUGUUCUAUUCUAACUCGGGCACUAUGCCGAGUACCUUAUAUUCUAAUUUGCACGAGUGCUUUGUAUC